UUCCGGGAGAGCCGGGCGCCCUGGCCACCGCCCGCUCGCAGCUGCCAACUAGCUGGGGCCGCUGAGCCUGUGAGUGCGCAGGCCAGGCCGCUGCUCGGCGUCUGCGCAGCUCGGUCCACCGUCCGUCACCAUGGGGGCAUCGGGGAGGCUGCUGCGCGCCGUGAUCAUGGGGGCCCCGGGCUCCGGCAAGGGCACCGUGUCGUCGCGCAUCACCAAACACUUCGAACUGAAGCACCUCUCCAGCGGGGACCUGCUCCGCCAGAACAUGCUGCAGGGCACAGAAAUUGGUGUGUUGGCCAAGACUUUCAUUGACCAAGGGAAGCUCAUCCCAGAUGAUGUCAUGACGCGGCUGGCCCUUCACGAGCUGAAAAACCUCACCCAAUGUAGCUGGCUGCUGGAUGGUUUUCCAAGGACGCUUCCACAGGCAGAAGCCCUGGAUAAAGCUUACCAGAUAGACACAGUCAUCAACCUCAACGUGCCCUUUGAGGUCAUUAAACAACGCCUCACUGCUCGCUGGAUUCAUCCUGCCAGUGGCCGCGUGUACAACAUUGAAUUCAACCCUCCCAAAACUGUGGGCAUUGACGACCUGACAGGAGAGCCUCUGAUUCAGCGCGAGGACGACAAACCUGAGACGGUGAUCAAGAGACUAAAGGCAUAUGAAGCCCAGACGGAGCCAGUCCUGCAGUAUUACCAGAAGAAGGGGGUCCUGGAAACAUUCUCUGGAACGGAAACGAACAAGAUCUGGCCCCAUGUAUAUUCUUUCCUACAGACGAAAGUUCCAGAAACUACCCAGAAAGCCUCCGUUACUCCCUGAGGAGGGCAGUUAAUUAGCAGGGUGAAGCGGGGCCUCCUCGCCUCGCCUGUUUUCGAAGCUCUUUUCCUGAGACUUCUCUGAAAAUUAUGACUUACUCCUAAUGACUUUCUUUUGGAUGUUACUAAGGCCGUGCCAAAUGAGUCAGACACUAAGGCUGAUCUGUUAAAAUAACCUCGUGUGUUUAAUCUAGUUGUCUUCUGUGGAUGUGCAAUUAGAAAACAUCAGAGAUGCUGAAACUCAAAAAAGAAAAUCAAAAGAGAGCAACUGGUAAUUGUCCACCCCCCGUUAAGUCAGCGGCCGAUCAUUUUCAUGUUUUUCUGAAAAAGUUUAAAAAAAAUUACACAUCACCAACCCCUCCCAAAAUGUCUUCUAGCCCCAUGGGAUGUGGUAUUUGGGGAGACUGUCUAUAGAUUCCAGAAAGCAAGCAACUGGCUUUAUUUACAGAUGUUGCCAGAUGCAAACUCUGCUGCCUUUGCAGAAAAAGCAAGGGCACAGGCUACCCUGCAGUGCCCUCCAUUUACUAGUUUCCAGUUUGCUGUAAAGAUGCAGCCAUGGCAGUUAAAUGUGACUUCGAUAUGGCUUGGCUUGUUUUCUUUUCCAAACAUGCAUGAAUCAAGGGAUGUAUGUGUUGACUAAAGUUUGCACUGGCAAACGACAAUCUCGCACGUCACUCAGGCUGUUUUAGGACCUACCUGUCAGCUUCUCUCUUUCAUACAAAUGGACUGUCUGCCUUGAUGAGCAGUGAUAUAAAGAGAGAGGGUAAGAGAACACCCACGGCAGUUUGCCACUUAAGUAGAUGUGGUAUGCUGGGGACAGCCCCUUGACAGAAAGACGACCGAUCAACUAACUAGCCACCACAUACAGCAACAAAAGGCAUUUGCAGCAGGGGUUAAAAGGCCCCAUAACUGAGUUCCCUCAAGGACAUGUAUAUCGCUAUCAAGGUCCUUGAUUUCAAGAGCCUCUUGUCUCAGCCUCUCAAGUGCUACCAGUUGUCACCCGACUUCACUGGGAACAUCUAAGCAGCCUCCUCUUCCACCUGCAGCACUGUGGCUCCAACUCAGCCUUGUAUGCUGGGCAAGCACCCUACCACUGCCAUACCUCCAGCCCUUCGUCUUUUUUUUUUUUUUUUUGAGACAGGAUCUCAUUACGUAGUUCUGGCUGUCGCAGAACUAUGUAGACAAGGCUGGCUUCAAACUCAUAGAGAUCCGCCUGUCUCUGCCUUUCAAGUGUUGGGAUUAAAGGUAUGGACACCUGGCCCCAGCCCUUAGUUUUUGAGACAGGGUCUCACUAUGUAGCACAGGCUAGCUUGAAAUGAUGUAGUCCAAGCUGGCUUCAUGUUCAUGAUCCUCUUGUUUCAACCUCCUGAGUGCUUAAAUUACAGGAAUAUACCACUAAACCAAGCCUGAGAAACCAUUUUAAAACUUCAGCCACUUCAGAUUCCUUAGUGGGGCAAAGACAUGUCCUUACAUAUUGUGGCCAAAUGUAAGAUAUGAGAAAUGGAAGAAAAACAACUCGACCUUCGAGGAAGAUGUACUCUGUAUUUUACUUGGUGCUAAAUCAAAGAAUCAAGCCCUUGUACAAGACUUUGAAACUUUGGCCAAUUUUAUUUCAGAAACUUUAAGUACAAAUGCCAGCAAGUGGUUCUUAUACAUCUGGGAGUGGGGAAGGAAUCUUUUGAUUUUUAAAUUUCACUGUUGAACUUUCAAAAUGGACAUGCCUUUAAAUAGGAUUACAACAAGCAUCUUGUCUUUUGUGUUUCUAUAUGCCUUAUCUGAAUGUUGGUUAACUGGGUUCUAACAAUGUUGUGAACUUCUCUAACUUAGGACUGAUCAGCAGGUUCUGUUACACGUGGUGAUUUCAGCACUGUGAUGUUGCCCUUGGCUGCUCGACCCCCAACCCUGCUUCUGUCUGCUGCUGUGGCUUCUCACUGGCUUCUUUCUAAUAAACCGGUCUUCACAUAAUGCAUUUUAUGACAUUAUCUCCUGCUAUACUAAUGCAGUCACACUAGCUUCCAUGACACUGGAGAUGCUGAGGUCAAGAGGUUGGAGAACAUGAAGUGACAACCUUUUUCUUCCUUUGACCAGAACAACCAAGAUUUUGUAUGUACAUCCAUUUGGGAACCGUGUGGCUUCUAUUAGAACAGACAAAGACCAGUUUUCUGCUGGAUAGGUUAAUGCCAGACAACUGAUAAAGCUAUCAUUGCUGGGGAUGGACAAAUGGCUCAGCAGUUAGGUACAACGGCUACUCUAACAGAGGACCUGAGUUUGAUUCCCAGCAUCCACAUCUCUAACUCCAGUUUCAGGGCAUCCAAUGCCCUCUUCUGGCCUGCAAGGGCAUCACGCACACACGUUGCACAAACACAUAUACAGGCAAACACCCAUACACAUAAAAAACCAUUCCUGACUACAUCCUGCUGAAAAUGCUGUGAUGACCAGUGCAUGCUUUUAUUUUUGUGCCACAUGGAACAGCCAUGGAGCUGAAUACCCUGGGCAAGAGCACUGUGUCUUCUCAUUUUCAAAAUCUCUUCAUUAAUAACUACAGCUAGCACCUAAAGAUUUUCGAUCUUAAGUUAGGAUUAUUAUUUUUUUUUUUUUUACAGAAUAGUCUAACUGGGCUCAAAAGCACUGGUAAAAGCCAGUAAGGUUUCUGAAUCUGUGGCAUUCUCCUGCAGUAUUUUCUUAAAAGGUUUCAUUUAGUGUGUAUGUGCGCAUGUGUGCGGGUACCUGCAGAGGCUACAAGAGGACAUCAGAUCUUCUCAAACUGGAGUCACAGGAGCUUGUGAACCACCAGACAUGGGUGUUGGGAGUCAAACUGGCCCUCUGCAAAAGCAAGUGCUCUUAACCAAAAACUCAUCCCUUUAGCCCGUUUUUAAAGGUUACUAAAAACCGUAAGUUUUUCUAUAUACAGUACCAAAUAGUGUCAUGUCAUGCCAAGUGUAGACUGGCCCAGCAGCUUCCUAUUUCCCCAGGGGAUUCCAAGUGUCGCAAAAACAUACCAGGUGAACCGGCUUCCUGGACAACCUAUGAAGUAGUACAAGCAUACCCACACACGUGGGUACUGAAGGCUGCAGGAUCUAAGGGUCUUCUGGCUAAAUGAAUGGUAUGCUGGAAAAUGGAAAUGGGAAACCCAACCCCAACCUGGACAAGUACCACCUUUUCCCCACAUCAAUUUAAGAACUGACAUCUGACUUGCUCUGAGAAUAGUAAGUUUUUUUUUUUUCUGAAAUACCCCAGGAUUAACUUGAGAAUCACCUUGCCUAUAUUACACUGUCAUGAAAACCACUUAGUAAUGGAGAUAUGUGUGCUCAUUGGGAAGCAUGUUAAUUCACUUAAAUUAAAAAAAAGUUUUAAAAAUAAACUUAAAAUUUACAAUA